ACCGCGCAAUUCUAUUAUCCCUUCGUUCUUUCAUUCAAAUCUGUAGUUGGUUCACAAUCAUUUGUUUCCUUCUCAGAACCUCCAUUCCCACAAUAAAUUAUCUUCUGUUUUCACGGUGAUCCUCUGUCGGUGAAUAUGUAUGAAGAUAACUUCGUGCACGUUUGAAUCUGCGGGAAACCUAAAUUUACUACCUCCUCAAAUCUACGGAGCGUGGUUGUCGUGGAUAUUGCUAGUUUUGUUGGAACCUGUCUGCCAACAACUUUUUGAUUGUUUGGUUCAGAAAAAACAAAGUAUUCAUUCUGUGCUCAAGCUCUGGUUUUGGUGGUGUUCAAAUGGCAAAUAGUAAAUAUGAGUACGUAAAGCUGUUCGAAGUUGAUGAUGAGGUGAUGCUGCCCAAUCUGAUCGUCGUUCGAGUUUAUGGUCUUGAUUUUCGAAGGUUCUCUGAAGUUCAUGGGUUUGUGAAGCCAAAUGACGAAAAUGCUGUGAAGCUGAUGAAUCAUUGUGCAAUGGCCAUAAUGGAAAUGUUUUCAGAUGUAGUAUUUGCAUAUGGGUUUAAUGAUGAGUACAGUUUUAUCUUUAAGAGGACAACCAAGUUCUAUCAAAGGCGUGCCAGCAAAUUAUAUUCGCUCAUUGUAUCUUCCUUCACCUCUGUAUAUAUAACAAAAUGGCAAGAAUUCUUUCCUCAGAAGAACUUGAGAUACCCACCAUCAUUUCGUGCACAUGUAGUAUGUUGUGCUACUACGGUAGUUCUUCAAGCAUAUCUUGCAUGGAGACAACAAUUCUGUCAUACUAAUAACUUGGACAAUACAUGCUUUUGGAAGCUGGUUGAAUGUGGGAAGACAGACAAGGAAGCUUAUGAUUUUCUAAAGGUUACAGAGAAGAAAGAGAAGCAUGAGCUGCUUUUUCAAAAGUUCAAUAUCAACUAUGCAAAUCUUAAUGUAAUGUUUCGUCAAGGAUCCUGCAUUUUCAAGACAAAGGUUGAAGAGAUAGUGAAGUACGAUGAAGAUGGCAAUCCUGUUAAGAGAUUACGGAAAAAGGCAACAGUAAUUCAUUCACCAAAUAUUACUGGACGAAGAUUUUGGAAUGAACAUCCCAUUCUCUUAAAGGAGCUUGGUGCUUUCACAAAUGACAUUGACAAAAUAAAUCCAGAUUAUGUUAGGUCCUUCCAAGUUGAGAACAAACUAAUGCCAUCUACAUGGAUUGUUAUAAGAAUAGAUGGCUGUCAUUUUCACAGAUUUUCCGAAGUUCAUGAGUUUGAAAAGCCAAAUGAUGAGCGAGCUUUGAACCUUAUGAAUUCAUGUGCAGUGGCUGUAAUGGAAGAACUUCCUGACUUGGUCUUCUCCUAUGGUGUUAGUGAUGAGUACAGCUUUGUCUUGAAGAAGGAUUCACAAAUUUAUGGACGCAGAGCUAGUGAAAUAGUGUCCAUUAUUGUAUCAUUAUUCUCUUCCCUUUAUGUAAUGAAAUGGAGAGAAUUCUUCCCACAUAAAGAGUUGAAGUACCCUCCUUCUUUUGAUGGACGUGCUGUUUGCUAUCCGUCACGUGAGAUCCUUCUGGACUAUCUAGCAUGGAGGCAAGUUGAUUGUCACAUAAAUAAUCAGUAUAAUACGUGUUUCUGGGAGCUUGUUAAGUCUGGAAAAAGUAAAAGUGAAGCUCAAGCCUAUCUCAAGGGUACUCAAGCACAGGAGAAGGAUCGCUUGCUUAACUUACAAUUCAAUAUUUCUUAUAAUGAGUUACCACUCAUGUUUCGCCAAGGCUCUUCUGGUUUCUGGGACAAGGAAGACGGUGCAGCGGUGAAUGAAAAUGCAGAUGUUUUGGGAAUUUCUAAGAGAAAAAUUGUUGUUGUGCAUUCUAAUAUAAUUGAGCCAAAUUUCUGGGAAGAUCAUCCAUGGAUAUUGGAUACUUGACUGAGAUGCAUUGCUUAUUUAAUUAAUAUCCUCUCUCUCUCUCUCUAGAGAUUGUAUAGAAAUUUCGGUUCGUUUCUUAUGUUUUAAAAUACUGGUGAAGUUUCUGGUUU